GGCGAACACAGGAAUGAUCAGCGCAGGGCAAUGACGACGCGCAUACGGGCCCGAAACAUACCGUGAGUGUGAGCCGUCCCGCUCGACAGCUGCGAUUCAAGAGGACCUUGCCCGUGACGAUGUCCUGCUCCGCGUACGCAGGCACGACGCGUGUCCUCCCCGGCCAGGCGGCGAUUUCCAUUGACGAAACUUCUGGUGUCAGAAUCUGUCACUUGUCUAGACGGAGGUUGACGCACCUGAAGCUCGAGACACGAGAGUAGUUCGGGACGUAAGUGUUCGGGACAUAACUGGGAGCGAUAGCGCUCUCCCUAUAGAUGGGCUCCCUGAAUGAACUGCCCGAGUCAACCCUGGUCCUGAUCCCAGCACCUGCACGGAAGGGCGUGGUCUCAGCUCUGCUAUACGGUCGCUCAAUGUUGCUGGGCAUCGACGGGAACGAGACAGAUGGAUGCCGAGCGGAGGAUGGGGAGGGGAGAGCGA